AUGUCACAAUCGUCGCUGACGCCUUCCCUGCGCAAGGUUCUCGCCUUUGGCGCCGGAUUUCUGUCCGCCGUCGCAGUGGCCUACCCGCACAACGGCCGCCCGAACCGCUGGCGCCACCUGAACCAGGCCCGCGACAUUGCUUCCGAGUACGACUAUGUCAUUGUCGGCGGCGGCACGGCCGGCCUCACCGUCGCGGACCGGCUGACCGAGGACGCCAACACCACUGUGCUCGUCAUCGAAUACGGCGCUCUCAGCGACUCGCCCUUGAUCAGCACCGUGCAGGGCGGCUUCCGCGGAAUGGAUGCGCAGUUCCUGUACGACAUCCAGUCGGUGCCGCAGGUGAACCUCAGGAACCGCUCGACGGGCGUGAUGGCCGGAAAAGUGGUGGGCGGCAGCUCGGCGGUCAAUGCGAUGAUGACGGUGCGCGGGGCGGCCGAGGACUACGACCGAUGGGGCUCCUUUUUCGACGGAAGCAAUGCCAGCGGCAGAGGAGGGUGGAGCGCGGAGCUGCUCCAGAACUACUUUCACAAAGCGCUGAAUUUUGUGCCGCCACUGCCCGACGUGGCCAAAGCGGCGGGCAUCGCUUACGACACCGCGUACUGGGGCAACACGUCGAGCGUCUAUGUUGGUUGGCCGUCGUUUCAGUUCCCGGGCACGACCGUGCAGUUUGACGCGUUUCGCAGCAUGCCGGGCGUCGAUUUCCCCGUGGACAGCGGCGCGGGCCAUCCGGGCGUGUACUGGUUCCCGUCCUUCAUGGAUCCGCACAAGGUGACGCGGUCGUAUGCCCGGACGGGCCACCACGACCGGGCGGUGGUGCGCAGCAACUACCACCUGCUGACGCGCACCAAGGUCGACCACAUCGUGCUGGAGACCAACCCCGACCAGCCCCUGAACGACGCCAAAGCCACAGGUGUGCGGUUCAUCGUCAACGCGACGACGGCCACAGGACCUGUGUCCGGCCGGAACGCCACAGUACGGGAACGGCCUACGCAGUUUGUGAAAGCGCGCCGCGAGGUCAUCUUGGCUGCCGGCGGCAUCCACAGUCCGCAGAUUCUGCAGCUGAGCGGGAUUGGACCGAAACCCUUGCUGGAUGCCGCCAACAUCACGACGAUUGUCGACUUGCCGGGUGUCGGCCAGAACUUCCAGGACCACCCCAUGCUGACGGCGUCGUUUUCGCUGUCCAACUACUCGUCCGUGCAGCCCUCCGCCGCGGACCUGUUUCUCAAUGCCACGUUCCGCGCCUGGUCGGACGCCGAAUGGAAAGCCAAUCGGACGGGCCCGCAGUCGCUCGGCGUCGGCAACGCGGCCGCGUGGCUGCCGUUCCCCGUCAUCUCGGAGCGCUGGGCGGACGUGGCAGCCAACUUGUCGAGCCAAGACCACGCCGCCUACUUGCCGCCGAACACGCACGCAACGGUAGCCCAGGGCUACAAGAAGCAGAUGGACGCGUACGCGCUGGCCCUCAAGAACAACCGCACGGCGUUUUACAACAAUGUGCUGUCCGGGGGACCGUCGUCCGGCGUGCUCGUGAUGCUACACCCGCUGAGUCGUGGCACCGUCAACAUUGACCCUGUCGAUCCGUACAACCGCGAGCCGGUCGUCGACUACCGGGCGCUGUCGAACCCGCUGGACGUGGCGAUCAUGGCAGACAUGAUCCGGUACACGCGGCGCUAUUUCAUGGAGAAUCCGGCGCUGGCGCAGUACCGCCCCGUAGAAAUUGCGCCGGGCGACUAUGUCAGCAGCGAGGAAGACCUGGCAACGUAUCUGUCGGAGACUGUCUCGCCGACCGAGUACCAUCCGGCGGGCACGUGUGCGAUGCUCCCCCAGUCGCUGGGUGGCGUGGUGGACCAAUAUCUGAAAGUGUACGGCGUGCCGAAUCUCCGCGUCAUCGACGCGAGCAUCAUCCCAACGCUGCCGGGCGCCAAUACUUGCCAGACUGUGUAUGCCGUGGCCGAGUUGGCUGCCGAUCUCAUCAAAGGCCAUCAACUGUGGUAA